AUGCCUGAUGCCGGCGCUGGCCUCGCAGACGCUUUCGCCAGCUUGGCGGUCGAACCUCCCUCCUCCUCUCGACCGUCGACCAACACCGGACAAAGUCGCUCAAACGGCGCGGUGGACUCGGAGGAAGGACGGGAACACGCUCUAGCGCCAUGGAUGGAGGGUCUGAAGCGCAGGAAGGACGAUACGCGGCAUCCCCUCGCGCUUCUCGACGAAGAGCUCGACGCCUUCGUCACAUGGACUCGCCCGACGAACGCAGAGCACCAGCUGCGACUGCUCGCGUUUCGCUGUUUCCAGACGCUCGUCAAGGCCGUUUGGCCUUCUGCGACGUGCGAGUUGUUUGGAUCGAUGGCGACAGGGUUGUACUUGCCAGACGGCGACUUCGACGUAGUCAUCUUCGACAGCCGACUGAUGGCGACGCCUUCUGUCUCUCUCCUAAGGACCCUACGCGACGUGCUUCUGCGCGCCGGCUUUGCCCAACCAAGCGACGUCCGCCUCGUCGAGAACGCCAAGGUUCCCCUCGUCAAGUUUCGCUCGACGCGGAAGUUCGGCAGCUUUGACUUUGACGUCUCAUUCAACUCGCCGAAGGGGCCCAUGGGCGCGCGCGAGAGCCUGCGCCUGCUGGAAGAGCUCGAGCGGAAGGAGGCGGGCAAUCGUCAGCGAGCGCGAAUGAUGAUCCUGUUGCUCAAGGUACUGCUGGCGCAUGCUGGACUGAAUGAGGUCCGCUAUGGCGGUCUGGGCGGUUUGAGUAUCUUCUGCAUGGGCGUGUCAGAUACGUUCCCCUCUUCACUGCUGGGUAAGACCGCUCUAGACGUCUUGUCGUUCUUCACGAAAUAUGCCCGCACUUUCGACUACCGCAACCACACGAUCACGACAGCAAACGGCGGCGGUAUCAUUCAAAAGUCAGACUGGCUGCCUCGAACAGAAGCCAAGCGCGCCCAGCUCUCAAUCGUGCACCCUGUUGACCCUCAGCGCGACCUGUCUUCCGGGUCGUACGAAUGGGACGCGAUACACGAGCUCCUUUUCGCCUCUACGCGCACCCUCCUUGCGUACGCACUCGGACGUGGCGACCUCGCGCGACCUGACCCGACACGAAGUGCCCUCGCAGAUGCAGGCAUCGUUGUCAGCCCAAGCAUGCUCGAACGGCGUCGCUCAAACGAGCAGCUCAUCGCGUCGGGCGAGCUCAAAACUCUCGCAGAGACGUGGGAUCCUGUCUCUCUCGGUCUCGUCCCAACGGCGCAGUACGCCUCUCCCGCCCAGCUUGCGUACCAACACAACCAGCGAUUUGGCUUCGGCACCUACUAUUUGACGCCAUCCACGCCGUUCUAUCCUCACGCGCCCACGCCGUACUACUACGCGCAAUCGACGUACCACUACGCUGCACAGCGGCAAGCGACGAAUACGGCCUCGCCGUCUUCGCACCCUGGUGCCAGCGCCCGCACUCUAUCCCAACAAGGAGCCGAGCUGCAGGCACACUCUCAAGCCUCUCCACCUCUCGCCUACCUCAAUAACACGAUCGAAUUCCGGUCAACGCCUUGA